UGGCGGAAGGUACCGUCCACGUGCAGGUGACAAUGAUAUACAUGAUAAUUCAGAAUGGAUGCGGAACGGCGAUUACUCUCCGUCCGGUUUCCAAGCCCAAUCCGAUGCUGUUAAUCUCAUCUGUGGUGCAAAACCCCCCGUCCCACGCGCACGUAGAUUUAUCGGGUGAAAUCACUUUUGUGUUAAAAGUUUAAGCGACGGGGUAGAUUAGUCUAAUCCGGAAAAUACAGUGGGGAUUUUGACAAUGGCGGUCAUAGGGGUUCGUGUAUUGGCCACUCCCACCUCUGAUCUUGGCAAGAUUUUGGCUUGCAUGUCCUGAAAUGGUGUUGGGUAAGAAAAACAUAGCUGCUGGAAUCCUGGUAGCUCAGUUGGCUCUUAAGCAUUGCCAAAACACAAUAGAGGAUUAUCGUUUUUGCUAGAAGUCCACUCAAAUAUGACAAGAAAGUGUUGGAGAUGAUUGGAAAGAAAUUGAAAAGGAACAGUGUAGCUCUUGAUAUCAUUGACUUUGGUAAGAGGAUGAUGAGAAGCCCGAGAAGUUGGGGGCCCUUCUUGCUGCUGUUAACAAUAAUGACAGCAGUCAUAUAGUUCAUGUUCCUUCUGGUCCAAAUGCCCUCUCUGAUGUGCUUUCUAGAUGUGAUCUUGUUUUGUUUUAACUUUUUGCAUCACAUUUUAGUUUUUAGCUCAUGAUUGGAAUAACCUAGAAUUAUGGACUGAAAUUUUAAUAUUACAAUACAUUAUUAAAAAAACAUAUUGAGAAAGGAAAAUGUUUUAAGAAGCCAAAGGCAAUGCAUACCGAAAUAAAUAAAGUUUGCAAAGUCAUUUUGGAAACUAUGGCAUCAACAGAAAGGAAGAAACAAAGAAGAAAGAAUGGGAGCAGAAAGGGGUAGUAGGAGAAUGAACAAUCUGCCCCACAGUUGCCAAGUCCAAUGUGUGACUUUAUAACUCCACCAAUUUUAAUUUUCAGAAAAUUGUAUGGAUGAGGGUAUAAAUUUCUGAUUCUGUUCUUCCUUUGCACACAUGUUGUUCUUAAUUUGGGUAAUAUUACUCAAAGAACAAAGCUCAGUGUUUCACGUAUGACUUAGAUGGCAGUACACCUGUUUUCACCAGAGAUGGGGAAGGAACAGGGGGAUUUGGUGCAGCUGGUGGUGCUCCCAGUUUUGAUUUUGGUUUUGAUCCCAGUCUAGAUCCUGAGCUAGCUCUUGCCCUUAGAGUUUAUUUAGAAGAGGAGAGAGUGCAAGGAAAGAAGAUGCUGCAAAAAGAGCUACUGAAGAAGCUUCUAGAAUAGAAAAGGGAGAGGAACCAUCAUCCAGUGCAGAAUAUGCAACCAUGACAGAAUGUGUUAACAUUGCACUCCCUAAGAAAACAAGGAAACUGUUGAUGAGAUGGACAGUGUCUUCAUUUCAACUUCUGCCUUUGGCAUUUGUGUGUGUCUGUGUGAACCAAGAAAAGUUACUGAUGCAUGGAUGAUGAGAAUCUCUUGCUAGAGCAGGCUCUUGCAAUGUCCGAAUAUCUCUGGAUCUGGGCACUCCAUGGGUGAUGCUGAGAUGACAGAGGCAAUAACUGAUGAUCGGGAGAUGGCCUUAGCUCGUGAAAUGUCCUUGCAGGAAAAUGUGAAGACUAAAUUGACAGAGUCUGCUGAAAGCAAGCUUCUGGGAGUUGACCCCAAUGAUCCUUCAGUACGAGAAAUGCUGGCAUCUUUGGGAAGUAUGAGGCACAACAAAAGAAGAAUGAAGAUGAGCAACCAAACGUGGACAAGUAAAGAUGCUAUUACACUACUGCUGCUGAAUCUGUGACGGCAAGAUUAAUCUCUGAUCCGAAUUCUAAGUUUUAGGAGUGAGCGAUGCCUUGUUUGUUUUUAACAUUAAUAGUUUAUCUUACAUGCAUUCUUUUCCGGAUUCUCUCUCUCUCUCUCUCUCUCU